ACAAGGGUUGCAGUGAUGUCAGAUGAUAUAAGCAUGGAAUAAAACUGGAUAAAGGCAAGGGAGCGACCGAAGAGCAUACCUAUUAGGGGAAGACUCUAGCAGGUAAAUGACAAUCUGAAUGGGUGACGUCCAUUUGAGAGGCACCUUCUUCAGGAGACAAUGGACCAAUGAAAUGGUGUCUAAUAAAACAACUAAUAGGAAGAUCUAAAUUGGAAUAGCUUUGGAACGAUCCCUGAUGUAGUAGAAAAUGACAAACAUGUGUCAACGUUGUAAAAAGUGCAUGUCUGUACUUUAUAACAGCGGACAAUUCCUGCGACAUCUUAUGAAAAGUACAUUUGUUCGAAUUUGGUUCUUCAUAUAUCUGUUAACAUUUGGAUUAGUUUUGCCUGUCAUAUUACGGGACUUCAGAUUCUCCAUCUACUACAGAAAUAAUGAUAGCGAGAAAUAUGGACAAAUGAUUCUAAGAAAAACAAAUGAAGAGAGGAAAGAAAAGGCCAAUGAGUUUAUACAACGAUACAAUAAAACAUUUCAUAAUAAUAUAGAAAAGCACAAACUAGAAGUUACACAUGGCAUUGAUACUAAAGAUGGUAAGAUGUUGGACUUUGUUGUUACCAUAGUUACUGUAUCAAGGAACAAACACACAUUUGAUAGCUAUGAACCAAAAUAUCUGUCACAAACAGUGUGGAAAUUCUUAGAAAUGCCCAACCCAAACAGUUCCUCAAUGAAAAAUUUUAGACUUUGUAUUUGUAAUGUGGAUGACGAUCCCGAAAAGUAUAAAGAGGCACAAUUACUUAGAAGUAUAGUUACUACAUUCCAACGCUUUAAUAAAUCGGAACCAAAUAAAGAACAUAUCCUGGAGAAAGAAAAACAGGACUAUGUGUAUUGCCUCAAUAGCUCUCUUCAACUAAACCCAAAGUAUGUUCUCCUUGUUGAAGAUGAUGCUCUUCCAAAGGAAGAUCUAUUUCCAGUCCUGGAGCAUGUGAUAGCACACAGAGACCUUGCUCAUUAUGAAACACUCACACAUGCCUCAACAGAUGACAUUGCUAGUAAUGUAUUAAACCUGGGCACAAAAUCAGAGAUGUCAACUGAAAAUAAUUCAACAGAUGCUGCUCCAUAUGCUCAUGACAAAGUUUUAUAUUAUAAGCUAUAUCAUCCCGAGAGGCUUUUAGGUUUCAUAAGCUUCGAGCCUGAACGACUACCCGAAUUACUAGGUAUAAGUGUACUGCUUGGGUACUUAGUGUUCAUGAUUUUGUUUCCAUGUUCACGGUAUCUCCAGCACAACAGAACUAAAUCCCUGGUAUUGAUUUCUUUAUAUUGGUGCCUUGUUGUUUUGGCUAUUGGAAGACCACAUCUAGUAACUUUGCGCUCUAUAUCAAAAUAUCUCUACAGUGUAGUUCCAGCACCAAGCUGUUGCACUCCUGCGAUGCUGUAUCCUUCUGGUAGUGCAAGAGAAAUCAUUGAAUAUCUCAGUAAAGUUAAAUGUAAAAAGGACUAUGCUAAAGACAUGGCUCUUGAGGACUUUCGAAAGGCAACUUUCCACAGAUCAUUAAUGGUGCAACCCAACUUAUUCUCCCAUAUUGGCCUUUACUCUAGUUUGAGAGAUGCAAUUCUGCCUCCUCAUCUUAUAUAUGACACUUGACAUAAAUACAUAUGCAUUCCUGCGAUAAUAAUCAAACAAAUAAAUGUUAAAGUAAACAUUGCAAGGAUACUUUCCUAAAAAUUGAAAUACACCCAUGGUGUUUAAAUAUUGUUUUAAACCUGAAAAUAUCGAGGCAGGCCCAAGUCUGUGUUGUCUUGGAUGUCUCUAGUUGGUUCUCCAUCUCAUAGAGAAGGUUUAUAUUUUAAUAAAGAGAAAACUAAUACAUAAUUUUACAUUUAAGUGGUUCAUACAAG